UGGGGCAAAACACUCACUGCUGCUUCAUCUUGGUGGAUGUAUCUUGCGCUACAUCUGACAGAGUUGUGUCUGAAAGAAGCAUGGCAAUGUUGAAGAUAGAGCAAGUCGCUGUUGGGAGUGACAAUAGAUCCACCUCAGCGGAGAUCAAGUCUGAUCCCGUGGUCGCCCCUUUGCAGUCCUAUCAGCAUGAGAGUCUACAGUGUUUUCAGUGCUUCAUCACCUUCACUAAUUCCAAAGCAAAGGAGAGACACAUGAGGAAGAGUCAUCGGGACCAGUACAAGCAGCACCUGCAGCAGACCGAUACAGUCUUUACUUGCUAUAAGUGUGACAAGAGCUUCCCCUUCUCUGAGGAGCUCAGCCAACACCAGGCCACCCACAGCACAGAGGAGAAACCCUUCCUUUGUGCAUACUGCCAGAAGAACUUCUUUACCUUCACUGAGCUGAACAAACACAGACGACAUGACUGCAUCGAACGACGCUGUCCCUGCCGAGACUGUGGCGCCUUGUUCCCCAGCCCUUCACGCCUUCGCAACCAUCGCCUGGCAGUGCACCCUCAGAACCCCACGGUGGCUGAUGAAAUCCACACCUAUCAAUGCUGCAAAUGUAGUAGUGGUUUCCUGACAGAGGAAGAGCUCCUGGAGCAUCAAGAGAGAUUUGCCAAUGAUAUCAAUUGUGACGUGAAGCCGCAAGCCAAAAAACGUGGUCGAAAACCCAAGAACGCUACUCAAGGAGAGAUGGUUGAGAGCAAGAAGAUCAAACAAGAAGAGGAAGCAGGGGAAUGCAAAGAAGACAAUGACUCUUCAACAGAGGAUUGCCCCUCUACGCUGCAACCGGGGCUCAAGAUUCCUUGUUCCGAGGCAAAUUGUGACCUAAUUUUCCCUUCUGUUGCAGCCCUGCGGGCGCACAAAAGUGAAGCACAUGGGCCUCCCUCUGGUAAUGCUCACACAUGCUCAGAGUGUGAAGAGAGCUACGCUUGGCCCGAGCAGCUAAAAGCUCACAUGGCCAGGGAUCACCACCCUGGGUACACCUGCCCCACCUGUGGAGAGAGCUUUGCACAAGAGAGCACCCUGACGACCCACCAGGACACCCACACUGAAGGAGAGGAGGCAGCAGAACAAAGAUAUUAUUUGGCAAACAACAUCAUUCAGGGUGUACUGCAUCCUAUUUAGUAGAACAUUUGUAUGUUAAUGUUUAAGGGUGAGAGUUUUUGAAGCAGUUAUGCAACACAUCAUUUAUGGAGAUUGUUUCUGCAAUGCUGUUUUUCAAGUGCUUUUAGAAAAACAUCCUGCACUUGUGAGUAAAAUGCUCCUCUGAUCUAUACAUAUGAUUUAUGUCCAAUACAAGCUUGUGUAACAAGGCUCCUUUUGCUGUCUAUUGUAACUGAAAUGUUUUUUUUGUAUUCAUGUAGACCAACUAGUACAUUUUCCCUCAAGUUUGGAAUGUUUUUUUAUUUAAAUUGACUAUUUUCAGUAUGUUCACAUAAAGGUGACAAUUACACAGAGAAUGUAAAUCCUAAACAUCACACAAUCCGAUAAAUGGGCACUGUAUACAUUUCUGUACUAAGGGACUUCAAUAAUGUAAUCUGCAAGUCUUUUCUCUUUCCAAAAGUAAAUAAUUGUUGCAUUAUACAAUA